AUGGUGAACGAUCUUGCUGAAGCCGUCGCCUUCUUGGAAUCCCUCAACCUCGCUCACGGUGAUUUACGACCUGAGAAUGUUCUACUUGAUCGCAACCGACUAAAGCUAUCCGAUUUUGAGUCUACGGCGAAAAUUGGCACACAUUUCGAAGUUGCAUGGCUCCGUACGGCCGAUUUCUCAAUGAUAACGAAUCAGACCAAGGGGAACGCGGAAUUUCCGGCUUUUUAG